AUGGAUCUACUUUCCAAGAGUGAUCCAUUUGCAAAAUUGUAUUAUAUGGGACCAUCAACGAGUGGAUCAUCCAAUCAACCAAUAAUUAGUACCUCAUUCACAUGUUUAGGAAAAACGGAAACAAUUCAAAAUAAUUCCAAUCCAUCAUUUGCUAAAAAGUUCAGUCUUUAUUAUUAUUUUGAAUAUUCACAGAAAUUAAAUGUAGAAAUCUAUGAUGAUGAUGGUAAAAACAAUUCACAACUCAUGGGAAAAACACAAGAAUUCACCCUCUCUCAGGUUAUCUGUUCACGAGAUGGUAAAUUUAAAGUUAAUCUUGUAAAUACUUCAGGAAAAGUUGUUGGACAAGUUUUUCUUCAUGCUGAGAAAGUCGUAAAACAAGCUGAUGUCAAUCCAUUCUCAGAAGAAAGAGAAAGAUUGGCUUUCCAACGAUUUUCAACUCUUUCCUACCAAGCUCUUAGGGAUUUAGUAAUGGAAAUUCCAAAAGUUGUCCCUACCGAUGUCAAAUACGUUCAUUUCGUUUGUUGUGCUAGAAAUCUUGAUAAGAAGGAUCUGUUUGGAAAGUCGGAUGGAUUUUUCUAUUUUGAAAAGGAUGUUGCCUCUCGUAGAGAAAAGUUAUAUCAAAGUGAGGUUAUUCAAAAGAAUUUAAAUCCUGAUUGGGCCACCUUCUCUCUUAAUUUGGAUUUGUUUAACAAUGAUUUCAAUAAGAAUAUUCAUGUUAAAUGUUAUGAUCAUGAUAAACAUUCAGAUGCUGACCUCAUCGGUGAAUUCAGUUUCACUUUGGAUGAAGUGAUCAACCAAGGAAAAAAACAAUUCGACCUUAUAGAGCCAACUCUUGCUUCUAAAAAGAAAAAUUACAAAAAUUCUGGCAUCUUUGAAUUUACAGAUUGUCAAAUAAUUAUAAAGCAAGAGCCAAAACAAAAUCCAGAAUUAUCAAUUUACAAUCAAGUAAUAGCACUAAAAGAAAACAGAAAUGCAGAAUUUAUGGACUAUUUAUUUGGUGGAUGUUCAAUUUCAGUUUCUGUUGGAAUUGAUUUUACUGGUUCUAAUAGAGCAUACACUGAGUCGAAUUCUCUCCAUCAUUUGAGUGGAAAACAAAACCAAUAUCAACAAGCUCUCUCUCAAGUAAUGAAUAUUUUGGAACCUUAUGAUGUGGACAAGAUGUAUGCUGCCUAUGGUUAUGGAGCUACUGUAGAUGGUAAAGGAAUGAAGCCAAUGUUUAAUUUAUCCCUCACAGAUCAGGAGGAAUUGCAUGGAGCUCAAGAAAUAUUAACUGCCUAUGCAAAUGCUCUCCCUAGAUUAUCAUUUGGAGAUAUGGGAAGUGCCACCAAUCCAAAAACAAAACAAAGAUAUUGGGGAGAUGACUUUUACAGACUCAUUGAGUGUGUUGUUGAAAAAACUCCAAAAAUCCAUCAAAACCAUCAGUUCUAUAACAUUCUUCUUCUCAUAAUUGAUGGAGAUUCAUUUGACAUGCAAUCAACAAUUAAUUCAAUCGUCGAUGCAAACGAUAAGCCAAUUUCAAUCAUUAUUGUUGGUGUUGGAAAUAGUAAUUUCAGUAAUUGCAGAAAAUUUGAUGCUGACGACGAACCUCUCGUUCAUAGCAAUGGAAAGAAGAUGACAAGAGACAUUGUUCAAUUCGUUAGAUUUGCAGAUUGUUCCUCAGUUGAAGAAUUGGCCAAGCAAGUAUUAGCAGAGGUUCCAAAACAAUUAGUAACCUUCUUUGAGGCUAAGAAAAUUGUGCCAAACCCUAGACCUUUCAUCCAACAACCACCAUACUAUUAA